CGAAAGCAAGUAAUAUCGAUCCUGUGUUUUUAUUUGUGUCUUCGUUCGGCCGAAUAGGAUUUGAAGCUGUCUUGGGUAGGCUAUAACUGCAUAUGCCUAGGAGGUAAUCUCGUAAAUACAACCAACAAAAGAUAUUAACAAUUGAUCCGCCAACUUGCGAUUAAAGUGGCACAGCUUGUCAGCUAGAGCCAACACUGGUGAACUUGAAUAUUUACCAUUAUAGGUAGAAUUUACUUACCUUCUCUGCUUCACCUACCCUAGACCCUACUAACCUGCUAAAAUGGACAUCCUCGAUCUUAUACCAUCCGCAGUGAAGUAUCCUGCUGUAAUAUUUAUCCCUUAUUGCCUCCUCAUAAUCAUUUACCGUAUCUUUUUCCAUCCCUUAAGAAAGUACCCAGGACCCUUCCUUGCGAAGUUGUCCGGCAUUUAUACAGGGUUCUACGCACUAUUGAGACGCCUUCACUUGACCACUUAUUUAGAUCAGAAGAAAUACGGAGGACCUGUAUUGCGACAUGGUCCCAACAAAUUGGUCUUCAACUCAGUUGAGGCGUUACAAGACAUCUAUAACAAUGAGAGAGUUACAAAGUCUCAUGUCUAUGAGCUCACCAUGAGGUCGGGCAAACCAAGUAUUUUCAGUACCAUCGAUAAGCAACAGCAUAGACUUAAGCGCAAGCUCAUCGGGCAAGCCGUCAAUGAUAAAGCGACGCGUGUUUUUGAGCCUACCAUGAUAGAGCAGGUUGAUAUCUUUAUCGAACAGCUCAUGGCUUCGUCUCAAGACUCUAACCCCGUUGAUAUGACGGAACGCUGUAAAUGGCUUGGCAUGGACAUUGUAGGCCUUCUUGCAUUCGGCUUUGCUCUUAACAUGCAGACGGACCCGACGUAUCGGUUCGUCACCAGCGGGCUUAGCGUAGAAACGUACCAGAUGAACAGCAUCAUGCAAUGGCCGCUGCUGAAUACCAUAGGAUUUCACCACUUACUUCUCCUCGUAGGUUAUGGCCAGCGAGUGAAGUACCUCCGUGCGCUGCAGACUAUGAUCAGCACUCGUUUAUCUCAGGAGAAGCAUGCAAAGAAUGACCUCUACUCGUCCGUUGCCGACCAUCUUGACAACGCUGCCGACGGAAUUACGACCAGCGAGUUAUGGUCCGAAGCCUUGUUCUUCUUCCCAGCAGCCGGCGACACAACAACCACAGCCCUAAGCGCACUAUUCUUCUACCUCUCGCGCUACCGGGAAGUCUACAAGAAACUCGCCGACGAGAUCCGGCGCUCCUUCUCUAGUACUGCUGACAUCAAAAGCGGCCCUCAGCUUUCCAGCUGCCGCUACCUGCGCGCCUGCAUCGACGAGGCCCUGCGCAUGUCACCGCCAAUCGCCGGAACCCUCUGGCGGGAGCUGCCGCCCGCGGAACACGCCCGCGAACCGUGGAUCGUCGACGGCCACGUCGUUCCGCAGGGCACCCAGGUCGGCGUGUGCAUGUACGCGCUGCACCACAACGAGGCGUACUUCGCGGACCCGUUUAUCUUCCGGCCCGAGCGGUGGCUCGACGAGAACGGCGAUCCCGAGGCGCUUAGCCGCAUGCAUGCUGCUUUCAGUCCGUUUUCGGUCGGAUCUCGGGCUUGCGCGGGGAAGCACAUGGCGUAUCUGGAGGCGAGCCUCGUCAUUGCUAAGACGCUUUUUACGUUUGAUUUCUGGACGGCGCAGGGGGAGGCGGGACAUGUGGGAGCCGGGGUUCCGGGUAGGACGGAUGGGAGGGGUAGGCCGCAUGAGUUCCAGUUGUAUGAUACGUUUGGCUCGCAGCAUGUUGGGCCGAAUUUGAUAUUUCGGCGGCGGGGGGAGUUCGGGGAGGAUAUUGGGAAGGGGGUGCCAUGGUCUUGA